UACAGAGGGCAGGAGAAGCAAUGCCAUGGUUAACCUGCGUGUAUCUAUGCGAUUGUGGUUUCCAGUCAACAACUAAAGGAAAGGCUUCUCGUUCUGCAUCUUGAAUCGCUGCCUGUACAGAAAGACAGGAAACCAGGCGCUGGGGUGACUAACCACAGGGGAUGGGCAGAGCUGAACUCACACUCUCUGUUCCUCUCGGCUGCUGACAGUCACAGCACGAGAGCAAAGGGCAAAAACAACAUGGAAAUCAAACCCAUCUCAAAUAUACCAUCGACACACGGCAACAGCUCAAACUGCGGCCGUUGGUUUCACUGACAAGCGGACGGUUGAGGAUGUAGAUUUGCUCUGUGGGGACCACAGACACAAUCAGCGGGUUUCACAGGAAGAGACUUGAGGAGGGUUUAUCCGCCCAGUGACUGGGAGCCGCCCACACACUCGCACUGAAACCAAAACCAGUUUCAAGCAGCAGUUGCUGAGUAUCAAAAUGGCUUCCAGACUCCAGGCUGAGAGCUUGACCGAGGAGCUAAACUGUGCCAUUUGUCUGGAGUUCUUCACUGAUCCUGUUAGUCUGGACUGCGGCCACAACUUCUGUCACUCCUGUGUCGCCGGGAGCUGGGAAAAGCAGGAGAAAAACUCCUGUCCGGUAUGUCACCAAGUUACUGCGGAGAGGAACCUCCAGGUCAAUUGGGCUCUGGCCAAAAUGGUGGAGAAAGCUCGUGAAUUCAGUCUGGACCCGACACAGACGGCAGUUAAACGUCAGUGUGAGAAACACCGGGAGGACCUGAAGCUGUUCUGUGAAGAUGACAAGAAAUUGCUGUGUGUUGUUUGCAGAGAUGCGAAAGAGCACAGAGGUCACAGCUUUCUGCCCAUUGACGAAGCGGCUGAAAUCUACAAGGAUCAAGUGAAGUCCUCCAUAGCUUCUCUCACACAGAGGAAGGAAACUGCUCUACAAACUGAAGCCAAACAGAGAGAAAAGAUUUCACAAGUUAAGGAACAGGUGAAGAGUGUACAGACUCACGUCACGGCUAAGUUUGCUAAAAUGCACAAGAGUCUGACUGACAGAGAGCAGCGAGUGAUGGGGGAUCUCAGACAGCGAGAGAAGGAGAUUCUAAAGCGAAUGGAGACAACUCUGCGAGAGAUUCAGGGAAAGUUAGAGUCUGUGGAGCAAGAACUCUCCGAGUUACAGAAACAGAUGGGAAAAGACGCUCUCACCUUCCUGCAGGAGGAAUCUGCUGCCAACAGAAGGUAUGGAAUGAGCUUUACCAAAUAUCCCAGAAUUGAACCCCAAAACCACGCACAAGGUGCAGUUUCACUCU